AGUGUGAAACGUGUUUAGUGUUGCAAACCUGAGGUAACAUAAGAAUAAAACUUGAAUAAUUCUAGCCCUUGCCUGGGUUAUGCAUGCAUCUGGCCCUACAGUGUAAGGGUUGUAAGAGAGGGACAAGCCGCUUGGCGACAAGCAUUUUAAUUGUUCGAUGAAAGGAAGCAAUAGGAAGAGCGAAAUCUGAAGAAAGGGAAGAUAACCUCACUUGGGCUAGGAUUCAGACCACUGUUUUUUUUAUUAAGAUGGCUACAUGGAAAACAUGUUUAUAUAUUAGAGGCAUUAAUCAGCUGACCUGCUUCACAAGGAGACAGACACUGAUAUUAUAUGAUUGUUCAAAAAAUCAACAAAGCCAUAUUUUCCUUUCAAGACUGUUAUCAACACAGACGGGUCACCAGCCUUCUAGACAUGGAACAUUAGAUAAAGCUCUUCAUAAUGUUUCCACAAGCACUCGGAACAGAUGUUUAAAACUUAACAUGCCUUUCAAUGCUUGUCAUCAUCAUACACUCCCUAGUAAUAUGAAAUGUUUACAUGGUCAUCCCUUGUUAUCAACAAACAUAAACCAAUCAAAGAGACUAGAAAAAACAAAUUUUACUCUUUCAACAAAAUCUAUAUUAGAGUCAUCUCCCCCUUCCAUCCAGCCAUAUUUACGUUUAAUAAGAUUUGAUAAACCAAUAGGAACAUUUUUAUUAUAUUGGCCUUGUACAUGGAGUAUAGGAUUAGCUGCACAGGCUGGCCAUCUACCCAGUAUAUCAACGCUGGCAUGGUUUGGUAUUGGAGCAUUUUUAAUGAGGGGUGCUGGAUGUAUUAUUAAUGAUAUGUGGGAUAAAGAUUUUGAUAAAAAGGUAGCCCGAACAAAGACCCGGCCGCUGGCUUCGGGAGAACUUACACCAUUUCAAGCAUUGGUUUUUCUAGGAUCACAGCUUAGUUUGGCUUUAGCUGUUUUAUUACAGUUUAAUACAUACAGUGUUAUAUUAGGAGCAGCGUCAAUGGGAUUAGUUAUAUGUUAUCCACUAGCUAAAAGAUAUACAUACUGGCCACAGGUUUUAUUAGGUUUAACUUUCAACUAUGGAGCACUUCUGGGUUGGUCUGCUGUACAGGGAAGUGUAGACUGGGCAAGUGUUUUGCCGCUUUAUGUAGGAUGUUUAGCCUGGACACUAGUCUAUGAUACUAUAUAUGCCCAUCAAGAUAAGUAUGACGAUAUGUUAAUUGGUGUCAAGUCAACUGCAUUAAAAUUAGGAGAUAAUACGAAACCAUGGCUGGUGGGAUUUUCUACUAUUACCAUAGGAGGAUUAUCUCUAUCUGGUUUUCUCUGCGAUCAAACAUGGCCAUUUUAUCUAGGUGUUAGUGCAAUGACAGCACAUCUUGCUCAUCAGAUAAUAACCGUUGAUUUGAAUAAUCCUGAUAGUUGUGCCAGUAAAUUCCGAUCUAACAAUCAGCUUGGUUUGUUAGUUUUUAUAGGCAUUGUUCUAGGAACUCUGUUAAAAUCUGACAAAACGACAGAGGAGAAGAAGAGAGACGUGGGAAUAAAUUCCUAAUAUUGUACUAUACAACUCCCUCUUUUAUUUUAAACUCUUUGUGAUUUAAUAAUUUGUAAUAUAAAAUAAUUUCUGUAAUAUUGACAUUAACUAUCUGCUUCAAAACUUUACAUAAAUUGUGACCUAUGCACAUCAGAUUUUUAGAUCAUUGAAAAUGUCAGUUCAUAACAUAAACAUUAUUUCAUAUAUUGUUAAUGAUAGUGCAAUUGUAAUAAAUUCUAUUAAUAAAAGUUGGUUUUAAUUUUAAAUGGGGAAGAAGAAAAUGAAAAGAAAUGGGGUUUAAUGUCCUACUGUUCUGCUCUGAACUGAGCUAGUGAAGAAGGGCAUACGCCAUACAGUGUGCUAUGGGGGAAAUUUUGCAUGUACAGCGGCACUACAGCCUACUCUUACUCUUAUAUCGAAUUCCAACUGUCAAGGGAUCUUUUAAGUGCAUGGCAAUGUGUACAUGGGACCUCGGUUUUUCGUCCCAUCUGAACAACUAGACUUGUCAGGCCCUCCCUUCUGCAUGGGGGAAACCACGCUGGAAAAUCUGGAUGAAGGGAAGAAGAAAAAAGAAGCAUGAUUUGUGUUGAACUGCGAAAAAGAAGGAACUGCAUGUAUGUGUAUAUUUUUUCAUGUUUUAUUAUUUACCUAAUAUAUUAAACCACUGUACAAUAUAAAUAUAGUGUAUUUACAAUAAUAUGAUAAUGUCAACAAGGUUAUUAAUAACAAACAUAAUUCACACAUUACCUUGAUAUGUAAAUAAAGGUAAUAGCACAAAAACAAGGAGAAUGCUUUCAAAUGAUUUAAAAUGUAUUACUGCACUCUCCUAUAUUAUUUAUCCUGUACAAUAUGGACAGUUAUUUGAACAUAUAUCUUGAAGAACACAAGCCCAUGGAUUUUAUCAGCAAAUAAUGUGAAUAUGGACUAUUAUUUUAAGUUUUCUGUUAGUUCCAGUUGCUACACAGUCAAUGAUAAUACAUGAUAAAUCACAUUGAAAUGAAACAAUAUUUCAACAUGUUAUUUUAGCACAAAACCAUAUGGUUA